AUGGAGUUGGAUGUGGAGUUGUGUGGCAAAAUAGUGUCAGGUUGCGGAAUACUGGUGGUUAGGGACCCGCCCGGAAACAUGUGUGUCCAGGUUCCGGGGGUGCUGGGGAUGAAUGUGUUGAGCCGGUGUUACCGGGAUCUUUUUAGCCAACACGGCUCAGCCUUGUUUGACUCUCCACCUGUGGUAGCGGUUCCGGGUUUUGUGAUGCAAGCUUUGCAGCAUUGUCAUGGGGUUGACCCUGAGUCCAUGGUUGGACAGGUUGGUAAUGCACGAGUGCGUGGGCGCCAUCCGUGCCGUGUUCCAGGUGGCACUAUGAAGAUUGUUACCGCUACGUGUUCAGAACAGGAUUCUGGGGGCACCAUGUUGUUUGAGCCCUUGGAGUCAGGACUACCGGCCGGCUUGUUGGCUUCGCCUUCCCUGGUGCUGGUGGUGCGAGGUACCGCCUAUAUCCCAGUUGUAAAUGUGGGGGUAUUGGACGUAGCAUUGUACCCAAGGACCCUAUUAGGUAGUCUGCAGGGGGUGUACGUUGCAAGUCUACCACCGGGGGUGACUGAGGUUAAGGACGUGGUCGCUAGUGUGUGCUCCCAGGGCGGUGCAGUGGAACCAUCGCUGCAGGAACAGAUUGAAUCAGUUGAUUUAUCUGCCUUGGCAUCAGGAGAGCAAGGUGAGGUUAGGGCCCUGUUGCGGAGUUAUCAGUCCGUGUUUUCGGCGCAUGAUAAUGAUUUAGGGUGUACGAGUCUGAUCUCGCAUGAUAUUCCCCUGAUAGAUGACGUCCCAGUUCGGCAGCGGUAUAGGCGUUUGCCCCCCUCCGAGUAUGAUGUGGUGAAGACCCACAUUAACCAGCUGCUUGAGGGUCAGAUAAUUAGGGAGAGUUGUAGUCCUUAUGCGUCUCCGAUUGUGUUGGUGCGCAAGAAAGAUGGUAGUCUACGCAUGUGUGUGGACUACCGGCAGUUGAACCUAAAGACCAGAAAGGAUGCCUUUCCAUUACCUCGUAUAGAGGAAACGCUGGACGCCUUGACCGGGGCCCGCUGGUUUUCCACGUUGGACUUGGCCAGCGGGUAUAAUCAAGUCCCGGUGACCGAGGGGGAUCGGUCCAAAACUGCUUUUUGUACACCGUUCGGGUUAUUCGAGUGGAAUAGAAUGCCGUUUGGGCUUUGUAAUGCUCCCAGUACUUUCCAACGGUUGAUGGAAAGAUUGUUUGGUGAUCAGCGACAUCAAUCAUUGCUUCUGUAUCUGGAUGAUAUUGUGGUCUUUUCCUCUUCGGUGGCUCAGCAUGUGGAACGGUUGGAAUUGGUUUUGGGUCGGUUAAAGGGCGAAGGUCUCAAGGCGAAGUUGGGGAAGUGUGCGUUCUUCAAACAGCAGGUACGGUAUUUGGGCCAUGUGGUGUCUUCUUGUGGUGUGGCUACUGAUCCAAGUAAAGUGGAAGUGGUGGCAAAUUGGAGCUGCCCCAGUACCGUAACGGAGCUUCGUUCCUUUUUAGGUUUCGCCAGUUAUUAUCGUCGCUUCGUGGAGGGGUUUGCACAGUUGGCAUCCCCUCUGCAUAAGCUGGUUGCCGAGUUUGUGGGGGGUAGGCAUAAGAAACCGGUAGGUCUAAGCUUCGUCGGUGCCUGGACGGACCAAUGCCAGAUGAGUUUUGAUGCUCUGAAGGAGAAGCUCACCACUUCCCCUAUUCUUGCAUAUGCAGACUUUUCUUUGCCCUUCAUCCUUGAGGUGGAUGCUAGUCACCGGGGUUUGGGGGCCGUCCUGUCUCAGGAACAGGAAGGGAAGGUCCGGCCUGUUGCUUAUGCCAGCCGUAGCCUGCGACCCACUGAGCGUAAUCCGGCUAACUAUAGCUCAAUGAGGCUGGAGUUUUUGGCGCUCAAGUGGGCCAUGACCGAGAAAUUUCGGGAAUAUCUGCUAGGGCAUAAAUGUGUUGUCUUUACUGAUAACAACCCUUUGAGUCAUUUGUCUUCUGCCAAGCUGGGGGCCACUGAGCAGCGUUGGGCCGCCCAGCUUGCAGCAUUUGACUUUGAGAUUCGGUAUAGGUCAGGUAAGAGCAAUGGUAAUGCUGAUGCCCUUUCGAGACAGCCUCCGGCCAAUAGUCAGGGCUUAGAGCCGCUGUUACCAACUACCACGGUGCCGGUAUCGGUACGACAGGCAGCCCAAGUAAAGCCGGUAUACCCGGCUACCCAGGCUGCACAUCAGGUUUUCCCUAGUCUGUCUGCAGGAGAGUUGAGGGCAUUACAAGAGUCCGAUCCGGAUAUUGGUCCCAUUUUGGGGUUUUGGCAGUGUCAACACCUCCCCAGUUUUGAAGAACGCAAAUUAUUGUCUAAAGGUAGUUUGGCCGUGUUGCGUCAAUGGGACCGUUUGGUAGAACAGGAGGGGGUGUUGUACCGUCGAAUCUUCCGUCCAGAUGGAAGAGAGGAAGUUUUGCAAGUUCUUUUGCCGGUUGGGUUGAGGGAAGGUAUCUUGAGAUGGUUGCAUCAGGAGCAUGGCCAUCAGGGCAUUGAACGUACAACAGAGCUGGUUCGUCAGCGGUGCUAUUGGCCUGGUAUGUCCAGAGAGGUCGCUCGUUGGUGUAAAGAGUGUGAUCGGUGUCAGUUGGCCAAGGGUGGACAGCCAGUGGCGUCUAGUUUUAUGGGUCACCUGCUCGCUGCUACGCCCAACGAGAUCUUGGCAGUUGAUUUUACUGUGUUGGAACCAUCCAGUUCGGGUGUUGAGAAUGUGCUGGUGAUGACCGAUGUCUUCACAAAGUACACCCUGGCAGUUCCCACACGAGAUCAGCGGGCAGAAACGGUGGCACAAGUGCUCGUGGCAGAGUGGUUCUGUAAGUUUGGGGUCCCUGGCCGGAUACAUGCCGAUCAGGGCCGCAACUUCGAGUCUUCACUGAUACGGCAGCUGUGUAUGCUAUAUAAUGUGGAGAAGUCUCGAACCACACCUUAUCACCCUGCGGGGAAUGGACAAUGUGAGAGGUUUAAUCGAACUUUGCACGAUUUGUUGCGGACUCUGCCUCCCUCUAGUAAGCGUGAUUGGGCUUCAUGUUUGCCGCAAGUAGUGUUUUGUUACAAUACCACCCCUCAUCAAUCAACCGGUGAGUCCCCGUAUUAUUUAAUGUUUGGGCAGGAACCUCGUCUACUAGUUGACUUCCUGUUAGGGAGGGUAGAAGGAACUGGGGGUGGACAUGUACACCAGUGGGUCGUCGAGCAUCAAACUCGGUUGCAGGUGGCUUUUGAAGGGGCCCGGGAACAUCUGCGGGCCGCCGCGGAACGACGUAAGGCCCAAUAUGACUCUCAUGUACGUUACACCCCAUUGUCCGAGGGUCAGCUUGUCUACCUUCGUAAUGUUGGGGUGAGGGGUCGCUCAAAAAUUCAGGACCUGUGGAGCCCAGUGGUGUAUCAGGUGGUACGGGCCCCUAAACAAGGUGGUUCAGUUUAUUCGAUUGCCCCUGUGGAUGACUUGAGCAAAGUAAGGCAAGUACAUUGUUCACUGCUGAAGGUUCGAACCCAGAAGGACUCUCCUGCUUUAGUGUCCCUUCCUAGCCCAGUCGCAGAAUUUGCGUCGCCGGUGGGGGAGCAGGCUUCGGAGGGGUCCGAGCAGGGGGACUUGUGGGUAUUGGUCUCCGCGACACCUCCGGUUGUUAGUGUGGGAAAUAUGGCGGACCCCGAGCCUGUGGAGCCCGUAGCUAAUAGUGCGACCGAUGCCUCGGCGUGUGUUGGUCAGCCCCUCGAAGAGUUGCGGCAAAACAGCAGCGUCAGUCCGGACUGCGGUGAAACCAUCCUCUAUCUCUUCGGGUAUCCGGCCGGGGGCUAUUGGGUGGUAAGUGGUAAUUUAGACAUGGAGGAAGAACUUCGCGAACUAAGGGAACUUGUGGCCCAGUUGAAGGCCGACAAUGAGAGGCUGCGUCAAGAGCGCCUCCUUGUGCUGCCUGGUCGCGGCUGUUAUACCUCCUCCAGUUGCUGUCCCCAGUUGACGGUCACUAUUGGGGGCAUUUCGGUCGCUUGUUUAAUUGAUACCGGUUCUAUGGUGUCCACCAUCACGGAGAGCUGCUUUUUGGAGAAUUUUAAACCUUGGGGUCCGGAGCGCUUAAAAUCGUGCCAAUGGCUCCAGUUACGUGCGGCUAAUGGGCUUGCCAUUCCCUAUAUUGGCUAUAUGGAGUUGGAUGUGGAGUUGUGUGGCAAAAUAGUGUCAGGUUGCGGAAUACUGGUGGUUAGGGACCCGCCCGGAAACAUGUGUGUCCAGGUUCCGGGGGUGCUGGGGAUGAAUGUGUUGAGCCGGUGUUACCGGGAUCUUUUUAGCCAACACGGCUCAGCCUUGUUUGACUCUCCACCUGUGGUAGCGGUUCCGGGUUUUGUGAUGCAAGCUUUGCAGCAUUGUCAUGGGGUUGACCCUGAGUCCAUGGUUGGACAGGUUGGUAAUGCACGAGUGCGUGGGCGCCAUCCGUGCCGUGUUCCAGGUGGCACUAUGAAGAUUGUUACCGCUACGUGUUCAGAACAGGAUUCUGGGGGCACCAUGUUGUUUGAGCCCUUGGAGUCAGGACUACCGGCCGGCUUGUUGGCUUCGCCUUCCCUGGUGCUGGUGGUGCGAGGUACCGCCUAUAUCCCAGUUGUAAAUGUGGGGGUAUUGGACGUAGCAUUGUACCCAAGGACCCUAUUAGGUAGUCUGCAGGGGGUGUACGUUGCAAGUCUACCACCGGGGGUGACUGAGGUUAAGGACGUGGUCGCUAGUGUGUGCUCCCAGGGCGGUGCAGUGGAACCAUCGCUGCAGGAACAGAUUGAAUCAGUUGAUUUAUCUGCCUUGGCAUCAGGAGAGCAAGGUGAGGUUAGGGCCCUGUUGCGGAGUUAUCAGUCCGUGUUUUCGGCGCAUGAUAAUGAUUUAGGGUGUACGAGUCUGAUCUCGCAUGAUAUUCCCCUGAUAGAUGACGUCCCAGUUCGGCAGCGGUAUAGGCGUUUGCCCCCCUCCGAGUAUGAUGUGGUGAAGACCCACAUUAACCAGCUGCUUGAGGGUCAGAUAAUUAGGGAGAGUUGUAGUCCUUAUGCGUCUCCGAUUGUGUUGGUGCGCAAGAAAGAUGGUAGUCUACGCAUGUGUGUGGACUACCGGCAGUUGAACCUAAAGACCAGAAAGGAUGCCUUUCCAUUACCUCGUAUAGAGGAAACGCUGGACGCCUUGACCGGGGCCCGCUGGUUUUCCACGUUGGACUUGGCCAGCGGGUAUAAUCAAGUCCCGGUGACCGAGGGGGAUCGGUCCAAAACUGCUUUUUGUACACCGUUCGGGUUAUUCGAGUGGAAUAGAAUGCCGUUUGGGCUUUGUAAUGCUCCCAGUACUUUCCAACGGUUGAUGGAAAGAUUGUUUGGUGAUCAGCGACAUCAAUCAUUGCUUCUGUAUCUGGAUGAUAUUGUGGUCUUUUCCUCUUCGGUGGCUCAGCAUGUGGAACGGUUGGAAUUGGUUUUGGGUCGGUUAAAGGGCGAAGGUCUCAAGGCGAAGUUGGGGAAGUGUGCGUUCUUCAAACAGCAGGUACGGUAUUUGGGCCAUGUGGUGUCUUCUUGUGGUGUGGCUACUGAUCCAAGUAAAGUGGAAGUGGUGGCAAAUUGGAGCUGCCCCAGUACCGUAACGGAGCUUCGUUCCUUUUUAGGUUUCGCCAGUUAUUAUCGUCGCUUCGUGGAGGGGUUUGCACAGUUGGCAUCCCCUCUGCAUAAGCUGGUUGCCGAGUUUGUGGGGGGUAGGCAUAAGAAACCGGUAGGUCUAAGCUUCGUCGGUGCCUGGACGGACCAAUGCCAGAUGAGUUUUGAUGCUCUGAAGGAGAAGCUCACCACUUCCCCUAUUCUUGCAUAUGCAGACUUUUCUUUGCCCUUCAUCCUUGAGGUGGAUGCUAGUCACCGGGGUUUGGGGGCCGUCCUGUCUCAGGAACAGGAAGGGAAGGUCCGGCCUGUUGCUUAUGCCAGCCGUAGCCUGCGACCCACUGAGCGUAAUCCGGCUAACUAUAGCUCAAUGAGGCUGGAGUUUUUGGCGCUCAAGUGGGCCAUGACCGAGAAAUUUCGGGAAUAUCUGCUAGGGCAUAAAUGUGUUGUCUUUACUGAUAACAACCCUUUGAGUCAUUUGUCUUCUGCCAAGCUGGGGGCCACUGAGCAGCGUUGGGCCGCCCAGCUUGGCCGCAACUUCGAGUCUUCACUGAUACGGCAGCUGUGUAUGCUAUAUAAUGUGGAGAAGUCUCGAACCACACCUUAUCACCCUGCGGGGAAUGGACAAUGUGAGAGGUUUAAUCGAACUUUGCACGAUUUGUUGCGGACUCUGCCUCCCUCUAGUAAGCGUGAUUGGGCUUCAUGUUUGCCGCAAGUAGUGUUUUGUUACAAUACCACCCCUCAUCAAUCAACCGGUGAGUCCCCGUAUUAUUUAAUGUUUGGGCAGGAACCUCGUCUACUAGUUGACUUCCUGUUAGGGAGGGUAGAAGGAACUGGGGGUGGACAUGUACACCAGUGGGUCGUCGAGCAUCAAACUCGGUUGCAGGUGGCUUUUGAAGGGGCCCGGGAACAUCUGCGGGCCGCCGCGGAACGACGUAAGGCCCAAUAUGACUCUCAUGUACGUUACACCCCAUUGUCCGAGGGUCAGCUUGUCUACCUUCGUAAUGUUGGGGUGAGGGGUCGCUCAAAAAUUCAGGACCUGUGGAGCCCAGUGGUGUAUCAGGUGGUACGGGCCCCUAAACAAGGUGGUUCAGUUUAUUCGAUUGCCCCUGUGGAUGACUUGAGCAAAGUAAGGCAAGUACAUUGUUCACUGCUGAAGGUUCGAACCCAGAAGGACUCUCCUGCUUUAGUGUCCCUUCCUAGCCCAGUCGCAGAAUUUGCGUCGCCGGUGGGGGAGCAGGCUUCGGAGGGGUCCGAGCAGGGGGACUUGUGGGUAUUGGUCUCCGCGACACCUCCGGUUGUUAGUGUGGGAAAUAUGGCGGACCCCGAGCCUGUGGAGCCCGUAGCUAAUAGUGCGACCGAUGCCUCGGCGUGUGUUGGUCAGCCCCUCGAAGUUGCUGUGCUGUGUAGGCCGAUUGCGCCCUUAGGCCCCGCCGCCCGGCCUCGGUUCCUGAACUGA